AUGACCACUGAACAACAUCUGCUCUUCCAAGACCAACAACUCCUCAUUAUCUUCACUGAAAAGCAGGAGGCUGACGGCUCGGCUUUGGCGGCUUUGAUGCUUAGCGGGGCCUUCGGGACCCAUUACUUCUGCCCCCCACCGGACCCUCAUCCACCCCGACAUCAUCAGAUGUUUCCACGGCUGUCCCUUGCCCUGCUUGGCCUCCUCCUUCUCAUUCUUCAAUUUUCGUCGGCAGACUUGUUAGAAGAGGAUGUGCCGCUGAGCUAUGUGAAGAAGGCGAGGCCGCAGGGGCCACUUCGAUUUGGGAAGAGGAAAGGGCCGUCAGGACCGUUGAGAUUCGGCAAACGCGGAGGCGGUCCACACUCAUCAAUGCUGUUCGAGGAACCGGCAGGGAUCCCAUUGGAUCUGUUCCUCAUCGCCAACACGUCCACCACCACCCCUCAGCCACUA